AUGGCAUUUUUGCGAUCGACAGAUUUCAGACAAAAACGAACUGCCAACACAAUGGCUUGUCUUCUUCAAGCUAUGGAAGGUAGUUCGGUAGUCGUUGAACUGAAGAAUUAUUCUACUGUGCAUGGUAUUCUGGCGGGAUGUGAUGAUGCUAUGAAUAUAGAAAUGAAGGCUGUUACCGUCCAUGAUUCCAAGCGUUAUUCUGCGCCUCUUCAUUGUGAUAGUUUUUAUAUACAAGGCAAAUUUAUACGUUUCGUACACUUUGAUCAUUAUUUCAGUGCUGCCAAAGUAAUACACAAAUGGUUGAAUGUUCCUCAAAAAUUCGGAGGACCAUUAAGAAAAAAGAUACGUUAG